AUGCUAGCCGGCUUUUGGGAAGAUUCCGCAAUGAACGACAUCGACGAGGAAUGUGAACGGCUCGAUGAACAUCCUCACGACUGCAUGAGGAAGGCUGAGAGUGCGCGAGACGCAGGGAACCAAGAACUCAAGUCCGAGCUCGAAAGGCUUUGCAGAGAGGCGAUAAAAAAAGACUUCAAAGAGGGAAGAGGAGUGUUGGCUGAUGUUGGAGAGGCGAGAAAGAACAUUCGCUACGCCCUUCGGAACUUCACCAAUCGUGAAACAAUAAUGACUACUAUCCUAUAUAGAGCAACUACAGCAUCGAGAAGGAGGACUGAAAAGGACAUUCACGACUUCUAUUCAGAUCUCAUCAAUAGCCACAUCCACUUGCCUCCUCACCAUCUGAGGGAAGAUGGACAUGUCAUUCCAAAGGUCCUCCCUUCCGAAGUCCGACAUGCCUCCAUGUCGGUGAAGAAUCGCACUUCACCCGGUCCCGACAGAAUCAUGCCCGAACAUCUGGAGUGCCUACCCAAGACCGCGCUGUUGUAUAAGAAGGGAGGCCCACAAGACAUCGCCAAAUAUCGCCCAGUCUGCUUACUGUCUGUCAUCUACAAGCUCUUCACAAGAGUAAUCUUAAACAGGAUAGAAAGAGCAUUAGAUGAAGGACAGCCAUGCGAGCAAACAGGGUUCCGAAGAGAGUUCAGUACGAUUGGCCCCAUACGCACGGUUUCAAAACUCAUAGAAGUAUCGCGAGAGUACAAGAUGCCGCUGUGUCUCACAUUCAUCGAUUUGAACAAAGCCUUUGAUACAAUUGAAACCGAAGCGGUAAUGGAGGCCUUGGACAACCAAGGCAUCCCUACUCCAUACACAAAGAUACUUCUUGAGUGGUACAGCAACUUUACAACCAAAAUUUCCCCAUUCUACAAUGUCAUAAUCGACGUGAAGAGGGGGACUCGUCGGGAUGACCGGGAUGACGCCCCAGAAUAUUCAGAGAUACUCUCAGAAACGCGAUGCGAGGAAUGGAAUGGGAUAACAUGUGAGUGA